AUGGGUACACUUGGCGUAUUGGUUCGGGUUCCUCUUCCUUUUGGUUCAGCAAUUGGAGCUCUCUCGGCCCUAUUGGUAACUAUGUACCAGUUAUUGAUAUUCAUGACCUCCAUCUAUCUGUUAAAGAUGUUCUUUCCACUUCUGGUAGCCGUACUCAGGUUCUACACCAACCUCCCAUUAGCGGUAGAGAAUCACAUCAACAAUUUUCACAUCCACUUUAAUGACAACAUUGAGGAUGCGUUAAUUUGGUCUCAAAACAAAAAUGGUACUUAUUCUACAAAAAGCGGCUUCCAUUGGCUUCUCACCUUCAGAGUCCCGGCAACUGAUAUCAUCCCUCACCCCUCUUGGUCUUGGAUUUGGAAUUUGCAGGUUCCGGAAAAGUACAAGUUUCUCAUCUGGCUCGCUUGUCAAAAUGUUGUACCAACUCUUUCCUUGCUCCACCGUAGAAACAUAGCGCCAUCUCCCACCUGUGCUCGAUGCGGAGAAGAAGAUGAAACCUUCCUGCACUGUGUCAGGGACUGUCAUUUUUCUAGAAGCAUAUGGCAGAAAAUCGGGUUUACAGGUAAUGAUUUCUUCACAGCUACAUCAGCUCAUGAUUGGUUCAAGAUCGGUAUGUCCAGCUCCCUCCCAGAUAUCUUUUUCGGUGGUCUUUGGUGGGCUUGGAGACACCGUAACUUAAUGUGCCUUAAUAAUGAAACAAUGUCUCUUUUUCGGUUGUGCAACAAUAUCGUUUCAGCAGCUACAUAUAUCAAGUCUGCCUUUGAUAGCGAGGAAAAUGUGAACCAUUCUGACCGUUUCGUGAAAUGGAACAACAGAAAUCACCAUGACCAUAUUCUUAAUGUGGAUGGCAGCUGCUUAGGCACUCCCUCACGCACCGGUUACGGUGGUAUUCUCCGUAAUAGUGCAGGCUUGUUCAUCUCAGGUUUUUCCGGUUUCAUCCCGAAUUCGACGGACAUAUUGCAAGCCGAGCUAACCGCAAUUCACCAAAGUUUGCAUAUGGUUAUUGAUUCGAAUAUGAAUGACGUCAUGUGCUACUCGGAUUCACUUCUUGCAGUUAAUCUUAUUAUGAAUGACACUCCGAGAUAUCACACCUACGCCGUCCUCAUUCAGAACAUAAAGGAUUUGCUUAGUGUUCGAAAUAUCACUCUCCAUCACACAUUAAGAGAGGGGAACCAAUGUGCGGAUUUCUUUGCCAAGUUGGGUGCUAAUUCAGAUGUUCAUCUUGUCGUCCACCAAUCACCGCCAGCUGACCUCCUCCCUCUGCUUAGAGCUGAUGCUAUAGGCACUGUCUUUAUUAGGAGUUAG